AGUUCUGUGGCUGGCAUAUUAACCGCUUGCAAGCGCUAGGGAGCGAGGUAUUCUUUGUGAGGACUCCAUCUGCAGGAGGAAAGGGAUUGCUUUUCAGGCGUCCAUUAGUGUUUGGAGCUGCAAGCCGCGGAGACUUGUUUUUUUCGCUCUUUUUUUUGUUUUUACGCGCUUUCUCCAAAUCGGGAUUUUUUUGUAAUUUAUUUUUUUAAUUUUUAGCGUUUGAAGCACAAACUCUUCGCCAUGCCCAAGAGAAAGGUCAAUGCAGCUGAAGCUGGGGAUGCAAAAGAUGAGCCCAAGAGAAGAUCGGCACGGUUGUCAGCUAAACCAGCACCACCAAAGGCUGAACCAAAGGCCAAAAAAGAGAAGGCCCCAGUAAAGGAAAAGGCUGAAGAGAAAAAAGUCCCAGCUAAAGGAAAGAAGGGAGCCAAAGGCAAACAGACUGAGGAUGCUAACAAAGAGGAAACCAAGGAAGAUCUGCCCUCUGAAAAUGGGGAGACAAAAAGUGAUGAGGCCCCAGCUUCUGAUGGAGGAGACAAGGAAACAAAGUCUGAAUAACCCACAUCUUGUACCAAGUCUUUUAUCAGUGGUUCCUGUACCUCCCUUGUACAAUUCAGAGGAAUAUUUUUAUCAACUAUUUUGUAAAUUCAAGUUUUUUAGUAGUUUAAUUCUAGAAAACACAUUUUUAAAAUAGGAGGGAAUCCCACCGCAUUUUUUCCAUAUUUCUUUUUUUCUCCCCAUAUAAUUUUAUUGUCCAUUUGGAUGGAGUUGCAAUGCCUGUGUUUAAUAGGACGAGUAGUAAUUGCAUACCGGUUUUCCGCCGUCGGAAAAUAUUGCAUGAAAUUGUUAUGCUUGAGGAAGUGUAGGUCUUGGGCUGACUAAUGUCCUAGCUGCCGGUGACCACGACGGCUUAAGAAUCUGUCUCUUGUAUGACAAGAUAGCAACUGAUGUAACCUGUGAGCUCAGACGGCUGCCUCCCGGCUAAGACUGGCACCUGACUGGUUCAAACAAAUCUGCAUUUUCAAAUGUCUUAAAACAUUUUUAUCUGUUCUGUACCCAUGUCUUGCGUACAAUUUUACAACUUAAUAAAACUCCCCUGGUGACGGAUCUCCCUCUAAGAAUUGUGUACUAUCUGUGACAUUGUUUUUAUUUUUUUUUCUGGGUAGUGGUAUUUUAUUUUCAGUAACUUUUGUAAAAGUGCUGUGACUCUCUCUCCGGGGAAACUUCCUUGCGUGUGUAGUGUGUGAUGUGACGUACUGGAUAGGAGAACGUGGCGGAUCCAACGUCAACCUUUUGCCCCUUUUUUUUUUUUAUUUUUUUUAAAGAAUUUUGGCGGAUGAAAUUCGGUUUUGCCUCCUUGGGGAAAGAACGGGGUUGUAUUUAUCGCAUCAAAGAUGCUGGUACGAGGGGUGCUAGAUUUUCUACAAAACAAGUUGUCUUUAACUUUAAGAUGGGGGGAGGAGAAGCCGCUAGAGUAAUGAUUUCAACUACAUGUUUUUAUUUUCCUAGAUUUCCACUCUAACUAGAGUUUAAGAGUUAAAAAAUGUACAGAUUGUUGAUAGUGUCUGUGUACUUAUCACCAAACCAAUAAAACCUGGUUGAAAAUUUA